AUGAUAGACGUCCGCUCCGCAGGUGUCAAAGGCCUCGGCGUCUUCGCAAAGAAACUCAUUCCAAGAGGGACACGCAUCUUCUCUGAACGGCCACUCCUCACCAUUCGCAACCACGAUGCCAGCACGCUCUACCCAGACGUCAAGCUGCUCAGCACUAAAGACCGAGAUUCGUUCAUGGCAUUAAGCGCUUUUCGAAAUAGAGAGCUGGAUCUCAUGAGAUGGUCUAUAGUCCUCGUACAUACUGCCAAAAAAACCGCAUCGUCACUCCUUGGCGCCUUCUCUGGAAAGAGAGCUUUCUCGCAGCCGCGAAACCAGAGGGAUUCGUUGUCAGAUCACGUGGAGGCGUUGAGUAUCUUCCGCAGCAACGCCUUUGAUAUUGGCCGGCAUUUAGGCAUGUGUCUGUUCCCCAGGACGGCUAGGAUCAACCAUUCGUGCUUGCCGAACGCGCAGGGGAAUUUCAAUGAGCUGCUGGGGAAGUUCAAUGUCCAUGCUACGCGGGAUAUCAGGGCCGAUGAGGAGGUCAGCUUGAAUUACCUGCUGGAGACGGGAGCGCAGCGGCAUGUUAGGGUGCAGAAGCUGAGUCAGAUGUAUGGGUUUGAGUGUGCUUGUCCGGCUUGUGAUAUGGGUGGGAUGAGAGGGAAGGAUGGUGAGAAGAGGCGAAUUGCUAUGCAUGAGACUCUGAAGGCUUUUGCUGAGCGGCCUACGGCUGGGAAUAGGACGGAUUUGGAGGCUCAGCUGGAGGCGACGAAAGCGUUCAUUGAGCUCUUUGAGGGGGAAGGGAUUGCUGGGAAGGAGCUGUCGAGCUUGUACAUGCAAGCGGUUGGCAUUAACACUGACCUGCAGAAUCUUGACGAGGCUUUGAUGUCUGCUUCGCAAGGGCUGAGGUUGGAUCGGGACACCUUUGGAGAAGAUCACCCUGAAUACAAGCAAUCCCUAGAGAAAGUCAAAUAUCUACAGAGUCUUGGAGCUCAAAGCAAACAAGAGUAA